AUGAAAUCCCUUAAUACUCAGCUGAAGAAAAAGGGCCUGGAAAUGGUCGAGGAGUAUGUCGACCCCGAAUUCGGCCCCGUGUACACCAUCCAUGCGGUGAAGGGUGAUGUCAGCAACAACGAUGUGGCAUAUCGACUCUACUACGCCGGAGAGGUCACAAAAUGGAGUGCGUCGAGGAGGAAGGCCAUUGAAAAGGCCUCGAACCGUGUCAAGGCCGCCAAAGCCAAAGCCGAGAGAGAACUUGAACGGGCUCAGAGCCAAUUGACAGAAUCCACGAGGAGCUCGCCGUCGACAUCAUGA